AUGGAGAAGCACAGCGUCAAAGAUGAGUCGUUUUCUGCUGAUGCUUUACAAGGGACAUCCUUUUCAUAUCAAGACACGGAUGUGCACCGAAACGUCAGUGUGUGGCUGAAGGCCGCGGAGUUGAGGUCGAAGAAAAAUCUGAAGAAGGCUGAGCAAAGGAAAAGGGUUGAAGAUAAUGCGGUAACAUGGAAGCGACACUUGGAAGAGUUGAGACAGAUUCGGGAAGAGAUAAGCAAGCACCACGAAGCGAAGCGAACGAUGAGUUGGGGUAACGCAGAAGGAAAGAAUUUCGGAGAGCCUGAAAAACGUCGACUGCGUAGUUUCGGUGCGACCUCGUUGCCCCAGAAGAGGAUUCAAAAACUUUGCUUAUCCUCAUGGCUCACUGGUUAUUCGUUUGUUGCCGUUAGCAGCUUGUGCUCGUUCAUUGGCUUUGAUGAAAAAUGUGAGGCGAACUCGUCAGAAUUAGUGCCUCAUUCGCUUCCACAUUAUUGUAUAAAGGAGGAAAGCGAUGAUGAGCUGCUAAAGAUUGCACUCGAAAGCAGUACAGAUUCGGAGUCAAGGCUUGAAAAAGAUGGUGCUCUAGCAGAUGAUGAAUUAAGCGAUGAAACUCUGCUAGCACUUGUCACUUCCUCGCCAGAGACAAUUUCCAGAGCAGAAGGCUAG